AUGUCGUUGCAACUCCUCCAACUCCCACAUUCCAGAUCCUUCCAUGCAUCGGCUCCUUCUCUCCCUUCUCCGUUUCUCUCAUCGUUCUGCGGAAGGAAUUCCCUCUCCUUUCACGGAGUUUCUAGGGUUAGGGUUAGGAGUGCCCGCCUUGAUGGGAUGGUCCUCGCGAUGUCGGUGGGGACGGAAGCUGGACCUUUCAAGAUGAAUCUGAAUGAGUACAUGGUUACUCUCGAGAAGCCGUUGGGGAUUCGGUUCGCGCUGUCCGUCGAUGGCAAGAUCUUUGUUCACUCUCUCAAGAAAGGGGGAAAUGCAGAGAAAUCAAGAAUUAUUAUGGUUGGCGACACAUUGAAAAAGGCAAGUAACUCAUCAGGUGGUGGGUUUAUUAACACUGAAGACUUCGGCAAUACACAGAAGAUGCUCAAGGAGAAAACAGGAUCCUUCAGCCUCGUCCUUGAAAGACCCUUCUCUCCUUUUCCAAUUCACCAGUUACAUCUUAUGGGCGAUUAUGAUAUUCUAUUCAAUAGAGGUAGGGUUCCUAUGGUGACUUGGAAUCGAACUAUAUUGGCUUCAAAUUUGCAGUCAUCAUCUGAGGGCAAUGGAAAUUCCGGGUUCGUUGUGUUUUCCCCAAAGUUCCUAAGAUCACAAGGUUGGAAGUUUCUGAGUGACCAAAGUGGAGGUGUUGAUUCUCAAACACAGAAAUAUGAGGACUCUAUGACCAAUCCUUUGAGCCAGCUAGUUGGUCUUUUCUCCGAGGAAGAGUCUGGCGAUGCUGAAUGGGCGUAUGGGAGUUUUCCUUUAGAAGAAUAUAUAAAAGCACUUGAUCGAUCUAAAGGCGAAUUAUACUAUAAUCAUUCUCUUGGCAUGAGAUAUAGCAAGAUUACCGAGCAAAUAUAUGUAGGAUCGUGUAUACAAACAGAUGCUGAUGUGCAGACUUUGUCGAAUGACGUGGGGAUCACUGCUGUACUUAACUUCCAGAGCGAAAGUGAGCGUGCAAACUGGGGAAUUAAUUCUGAAUCUAUCAAUGAUUCUUGCCAUAGAUCUAAUAUUCUUAUGGUCAACUAUCCUAUAAGGGAGGUAGAUUCUAUUGAUUUAAGAAAGAAACUUCCAUUUUGUGUGGGGCUCUUAUUGCGUUUGUUGAGAAAGAAUCUUCGUAUAUUUGUCACUUGUACUACGGGGUUUGACAGAUCCCCAGCUUGCGUGAUUGCCUAUUUACACUGGAUUCAGGAUACAGCCCUUCAUAUGGCUUACAAUUUUGUCACAGGAUUGCACUCUUGCAGGCCUGACAGACCAGCCAUUGUCUGGGCAACAUGGGAUCUUAUUGCUAUGGUGGAAAAUGGCAGACAUAACGGUCCUCCAACCCAUGCCGUAACCUUUAUCUGGAACAAUGGUUGUAGAGAGGGGGAGGAGGUAUAUUUAGUUGGAGAUUUCACAGGAAAUUGGAAAGAACCCAUUAAGGCAGUUCACAAGGGUGGACCAAGAUAUGAAGCUGAUCUUAGACUUCCACAGGGAAAGUAUUAUUAUAAGUUCAUCAUUGGUGGGCAAUGGAGGCACUCAACAUCAUUGCCAACUGAAACCGAUGAAAGGGGGAAUGUCAAUAAUGUUAUUAGAGUGGGAGACAUAGCCCGCAUAAGAUCUUGGCUUCCUACUCAACAGAUAAAGGACCCGACUGUUGUGAAAGUGAUCGAGAGACCGUUGACGGAAGAUGAGCGUUUCAUGUUGGCAUUUGCAGCUCGCCGUGUCGCAUUUUCAAUCUGCCCAAUCAGGCUAGCUCCCAAGUAGGCAGAAAUCUUCCUAUACAGCACUUACAUGUUUUCUCGCCCGACUACAUGGGACGCAUACAGAUCAAGGUCUUGCUAGAAUACACCCUGCGUUAUCUUGAACACGGUUUUAUUAGACAGAGAUAAAACCGCUAAAUAUAGAACUCAAAACUCAAUGCAAUCAAAAUCCUGUAAUAUAGAGAACUACUGUAUGUCAUAAAACUCAUUGAGAGAGAUCUGUUGGAGCCAGUCUCAUCAGGAGUUGAACCAUUCAUACUUGUAACAGAUUGAGAAGGGAGUCGACUUCUUUUAUAAUAAAUGUAUGAUUUGUUUCCUAA